CAAACGGAGAAUAAACAUUUGUUUUGAUGACGUAUUUCGUAAACGGUUUACGAAUUUCGUCAACAGUUGACAGACGAAAAUUCGCUUGUUGACUCGUCCGAGUCCGACAUCGUGCAAUCCGUGCAACUCCUUUCGUUCCUUCGUUCCCUUCCUCCCUCAUCGAGCUGAAAAAUGGCCGACACCAAAUUGUACGAUAUUUUAGGAGUUCGUAGUAAUGCUUCAGAUGGCGAAAUCAAGAAAGCUUAUCAUAAGCUAGCAAAGGAAUGUCAUCCAGACAAAAAUCCCAGCGCAGGCGAAAAAUUCAAAGAAAUAUCAUAUGCUUACGAUGUCCUCUCUGAUUCUUCAAAGCGAUCUAUUUAUGAUCAGUAUGGCAUUAAGGGUUUACAAGAAGGAGCUGGUAGCCAUGCAGCAAGUCAUGAUUUCUUCUCCCAGGUUUUCGGUGGAGGAGGUCUGUUCGGAGGUUUAGAUGACUUUCUUGGUGGACGCAGCAGGAGUCGAAAAGCAGAGCCAGUAGUUCACAAUCUCAAAGUUUCACUAGAGGACUUGUAUAAUGGGAAAACAUCAAAACUGCAGCUCAUGCGACUUAUCUUGUGCAAACCCUGUAAGGGAUCGGGAUCUAAAACUGGUCAGCCUUCCACGUGUCCCUCUUGUCGAGGUCGAGGAUAUAAAGUUUUCCCCUUCGGUAAUUCUCAGAGAAUUCAGAUGCAGUGUGAUGAAUGCGUCAAUGGUGAAGUUAUUAGAAAAGAAGAUCAGUGUACUAGUUGUAAGGGUCAUAAAAUCAUUGAAGAACCUAAGAUAAUAGAAGUCCAUGUAGAUAAGGGUAUGACAGAAAACCAAAAAAUCUAUUUCAAGGGAGAAGGCAAUCAGGGUCCUGAUCAAGAACCUGGUGACGUUGUGAUAGUGUUGAAAGUGAAACCUCAUGAAACAUUCAAACUCAAAUUCAGAGAUUCAACAGACCUUUGCAUGGAGCACUCCAUAACAAUCACGGAGGCCUUAUGCGGAUUUUCAUUCUCAGUGAAACAUCUUGAUGGCAGAGUACUUCAUAUCAAACAACCCAGCGACUCUGUUGUCAAACCAGGGGAAACGCGUGUAGUUGUUGGCGAAGGAAUGCCGCAGUAUAGAAAUCCAUACGAGAAGGGAAACCUCAUCAUUAGUUUCAAUGUUACGUUCCCAGAAAAUUAUUUUGCUGAUGAAGCAAAACUGAAAACGCUGGAAUCACUUCUUCCCCCUCGACCUGCAUUCAAAAUGCCUACGGGAGAAAAUGUGGAAGAAGUAAAUCUACAGGAUUAUGAUCCACAUCAGCAGAAAUCUCAUUCAAGUCGUGGUGAAGCAUAUGCCAGCGACGAUGAGGAAGGACACGGGCAUCCUGGUGUGCAAUGCGCCCAGCAGUAGGUUUGGAAGGAACAUUAUUUCUGUGAUCGUACGACAGCUUCUGACUCUAAACUUUUCAUUCGAACCUCCCUUUUUUUCUCACCCAAUAUCAUUCUUUUGAUUGGGGAGCUAUUUCAAUAAUUUUGUACUAUUACUAGAACUCGAAAAUCUUAUUUUUGUAAGCUUUGGCUAGCAAAUGACUGUGGCAGACCACCAGCUAUUGAGCAUGUCUUUUCACCCUUUUUGGAGAUGCCUUACUUCAUUAAAAGCAUACUAAACUCACCGAAGGACAUUUUUUUGAACACCAGACUUAAGACGUAUUUUUCAACUUCUAAGAAACAGGAAGAUCAGCUAAUAAGGAUAAUGGUACUUUUUCUUUUCUUGCUCUUCCAUUUUACAGCUUAAUGUAGAUGGGCAGAUUAAGAGGCAAGGAGAAACAUUGCCAGUUUUAGUUUUAUCAUGACAAUACCUUAUUUAUUUUUUUUCUUCAGGGAAAUCAGUUGCUAACAAACUUUUAACCCAAAAAAUACAGCCUAUAGAUUAUUGCUCUUGACUCUUUCAGGAGCAGGGUGUCUUUAAAAUCGUGCUGAAACAUGCUCAGGCCCUCCAACAGAUAUUCAAUUUUUAAUCUUAGCAAAACCUAGCCCAGAAAAAAUGUCGGCCGUCCUCUUUGAUAUGAUGGCCUUAUUAACUAAAGCGGUUUCCUGUACCGAGAAUGUAGGUAGUUUUCUCAGGUUCAUUCCAUUGUGCUUGGCAUGCCUACUGAGCCUCUCUUGUGAAAACUACCUCUCUUUAAGCAUCAAAGUAGUUUAAUUUUAGCAUCAAAAUACUCGGGCGCUGGAAGCUGUAUAGUUUUUGGAGGAUCAAGUCAGUGUGUACCUGGUUUUUUCUGAAAUUUGUUGUUUGUUUCGGUGCAAAAAAAUACGCAGUUUGGAAAUUUGAAUCAUUGGUAAUUUGUUGAUUUUUUGCUGGAAUAAAUUUUGGUGUCUGACAAGAAAGUCUGAACUAGUUUCUCUGCAACUUAGUUUUAAAAAUUGUUUAGACUCUAUUCUUGGAAACUAAUAAUAUUAAUUCUAUGAUCAUGGACUUGAUCGGUAUUGAUGGAAAUUAUCUAGUUUUCAAAUUCUUGUUUUGUACCUCGCCCAAAAGAAGCUAGUUAGCUUCAAUGCCGUGAAUCCUAAGAAUUCAUUCGUAACUUCGGUGUCAGCCUCUGUUUUAAAAUUAAACUAUUCGUAUAAAUAGCACUUGGUCUACUUAUUUUUGAUCCUUAUUCCUAAAAUUUUCCAACCAACUUCAUUCCAACAUAGCUCAGAAGGAAAUGACUUUGUCCAAGUGCUGGUGUUGUAAGUGAAUCUAGUCCAUCUAGAAGGUACUUAUUUGUCUUACCAUUUGUAAGAUUCUGCACUUAUCCACAUAAUAAGAACCUGCCUCUCUGAUUUUGUAGAAUUUCCAGCCCUCACUAAGUGAGAUAUUGUACUUAUGCAUUAAUGCAACCUGCGCUCUCUCUUGGAUUUGUUCGAUUUCAAGCUUUUAAACAUUCUAAGUUUGGGAGUUCGAUCAGCAAAUCUAUCGAGAACGUUAGUUUACAGUUACGGAAUAGGAACUUAAAUGGUCUCAGCCUUAAAAGAAAAGAAAAAAAUCAGUGCUUGCCCUGGUGCUUCAUUGAAUUGUGUUGUUAUGCAGCUCUGUCUAUCUUAUCCUCUAUCUUUAUCUAUGAUAACUUCCUCUAUCUAUUUACUCUAAAAUUUUGAGUAACCAGUUCCUCAUCAACUUCCCUUAGUAUGUAUCAUCCAUUUUCGGUCUGAAAAGUUUAUUCAGCCGAUGUUACCUCUGAUCAAAAAUGAGAGUUUAUAGUUAUUAUUUAUUCAAAAAAUCUGUGAUAGUUACAUUUCAGCUUGUGCCUUCUCUCUCGCCUACGGUUCGUUCAGACAGCAUGUCAAGCCGCUUGCCAAGCCCUAUUACAAACAUGUAAUUUUUUCCUGUGAACUGCCAUACGCAGCUAACGCUGAUUGCUUUGAUCUUCAGAAGCUUGUCGAAUGGCGCGGCAGACUAUGUGAAUGCGCCUUAAGAAUACCUUAUGAAGUUCAAAUGAUGCUCGAACCCCAAACACUCCUAUCAAGUUCAUCUUGACUGUUCUUAACUGUACUUUGGACCGUAACUCAGAUGAAAAUUUCGUGACCCCAAGUACUUAAGCAGUUGUACUCUAUCCAUUUAAAUGUCCUAUGACUUCAACCUUAGCCUUUUAUUAGUUUGUAAUGGAUUUUUAAUCUCGGACAAAACAAGUGAUAGCUAGGAAUUGGUUGGUCUAGAAGAUGGCGAAGUGCUAAAAAGUUUAACAGCAAAGAAAGCGACACGCGAGCAGUUAUGAACAAAUGCGAAACCUCCUUCGAUGAUGCAACAUUGACAUCGGUUGAAUUUUUUCCUCUCCUCAAAAAUGAAAGUAAGAGUCAAGCAGUUGAAAUUGUAAGAUCCCAACCAUUAGAAAUACUAAAUUUUAUGUUAUAAUUCCUUUAGGAUGUAUUGAAGGGAAAUAUUUCAAAACAGUGAACCCAACCUGCCUGCAAAUUAUACUUUCAGUCAACCAACCAACUGCCCAGAUACAUCUAAUUUGGUUUGAUUAUUCUCAAAAGGUUGAGUUACACAAACCUCGAAUUUUUGCAGUACAGAGAAAGAAAGAAGUAAAUUAUUGCAACUGACAUUAUGUAUAAGUAAGUCUGAGGAUUGCAGUUUUUGAAAAAUUGAGUCAGAAGAGCUAUUGUUCAUUUCACAAUUGUCAUUUCAAAAAACAUUACUGAUAAAACUUCUGAAUAAGUCUUAGAAGCUAGGUCUUCCAAAAAGUUUGAGAAUGAACUUGCUCUAUAUGGAAGUGUUGGUAAAUCUUCUUCUUUUCUCAAAUAAUUGUACAAUCUAUUAAAUACAUUUUUUCACAGC